CAGAAACAAAAUGAGCGAGUGACACAGUGACAAGCAGUCGCCCCUCAAUAAGGAAACUAAAGACAUUUUACAUCAGGAGUGCUUUUGAAGACACAGGCCAGAGAACAAAGUCAAGCGCCGGGCAUGAACUCACAGCCUCGCAGGCCCUGCAGUGGGAGGAGCGGAGACUGAGAACGGCUCCAGUAAAGCUCAUCUGCUUUAUCAGGAUGGGCUGCGCAUGCAGUGACCAGAAACAAGUAAAAGAUGACAAGUUCUACAAAAGAAAACACAACUCUCAGCUCUCAUCAAAUCACAUAGCACGGAGCGGAGACACCUGCUUGGAUAAUGAUGACAUCGUGUUCGUGGCACAACACGACUUCAAAGCGACCAACGACAGUGAUCUACCCUUCAAAAAGGGAGACAGACUUAAGGUUUUACAAGAAAAUGGAGAAUGGUGGGUGGCGAAAUCGUUGUUGACUGGGCAGGAGGGCUUCAUACCAUGCAACUAUGUGGCCAGGGCGGACACGCUGGAGGUGGAAAAAUGGUUUUACAAAGACAUAAGCAGGAAAGAGACCGAACGGCUGCUUUUAGCGCCUGGAAACAAACCGGGUGCCUUUCUGGUCCGAGAGAGUGAGACCAGCCCAGGGUCCUUCUCACUGUCAGUCAGAGAUCAUGUGCAAGAGCAAGGUGAUGUGGUAAAACACUACAAGAUCCGCUGUCUGGACAAAGGUGGCUACUACAUCUCCCCCUCCAACACGUUCCCGUCCCUGCAGGAACUGGUCAAAUACUACACUCGUACAGCAGACGGCCUGUGUCAGCGGCUGUAUGCUCCGUGCAAGCCGAAGGCACCCCAGCAGCCGUGGGCGCAUGACGAGUGGGAGAUUCCCAGAGAAUCCCUGAAAAUGGUGAAGAAACUGGGGGCCGGGCAGUUUGGAGAAGUGUGGAUGGGUUUCUAUAAGAACAACCAGAAGGUCGCUAUUAAGACCUUAAAGCAGGGAACGAUGGAGCCGGAGGCCUUCCUCCAGGAGGCCAACCUGAUGAAGCAGCUGCGGCAUGAACGACUGGUGCGCCUCCACGCCGUGGUCACGAAGGAGCCCAUUCUUAUUGUCACCGAGUUCAUGAUCAAUGGAUGUCUCCUGGACUUUCUGAAAACAGACGAAGGCAAGAAGCUCAAGCUGAAUAAGCUGAUAGACAUGUCGGCACAGAUAGCUGAAGGUAUGGCGUACAUCGAGAGGAAGAAUUACAUCCACCGAGACGUGCGCGCUGCAAACAUCCUGGUCAGUGAGACCCUGCACUGCAAGAUAGCAGACUUUGGCCUCGCCAGGAUCAUCGAGUCAGAGUACACUGCUCAAGAAGGUGCUAAGUUUCCAAUCAAAUGGACGGCUCCAGAGGCCAUCAAUUUCGGCACCUUCAGCAUCAAAUCGGAUGUAUGGUCCUUUGGGGUCCUCCUCACCGAGAUAGUCACCUACGGAAGGAUACCCUACCCAGGGAUGACCAACCCAGAGGUGAUCAGGAGCCUGGACAGGUCGUACAGGAUGCCGUGUCCGGAGGGCUGCCCCAAGGAACUCUAUGAGAUUAUGAUGAUAUGCUGGAAGCAGAGGCCCGAGGACCGGCCAACUUUUGAAUUUCUGCAGAGCACUCUCAACGACUUCUUUAUCGCCACGGAGGGACAAUACGAGAUGCAGCCCUGAUCAAAGAGAAAGGAAAUGUUUCCCGUUGGUAACCUGAAGAAAACAAAAUGUUCCAAAAGAGAGACUUGAAUGGAUCAAGGACCAAACAAACAUCUUUAUAACUGAUACAAUUUUUUUUUUCUUCGAUUGGACACAUUUUUUUUUUACAGCUACCUUCUGAGUGAAUGUAAAAGCUAUUUUAUGGCUUCUUCUGUCGCUCACUGCGAAGAGAAAACAUGUUAAAGCCAGAAAGGAAAUUAUUAUUAUACUGACUGCACCUGAUGACAGCCGUGGAGCGUGAGGACACAGAGUCAAGACUGAUAUGCCACGAUUCAAAGGACUAUGGAAAUACGAAUACACCACAUGCAUGAUGUAAGAAAGACCUUUGGAGCCGAGGAAGUCAGCAUAGGUAAAGCUCAAGAUUAAACAUUUGCAUGGUACAGAAAGCAGCCUGAGAUUACAUGCACAAUAUUUUGCACUUUGUUUAAUUCCCAGAGUCAUUCAGCAGACACAUAAUAAAGAAAAGGGCUUUCUAAAGAGAAUUUAUACUUGGAUACAUGUCGUUUUCUAAAUAAAAAUAUCUGCAUUACUUAGAAGUUUGCUUCUGUAUUGUCAUUCCGGUUGCCUUAAAACAUUCGGCAUCCGCAUUUAGAUCACAGAUUUGGAGGCUACGAUCGCUUUUUAGAUUUUGUUGUUUGAAGUAGUGAUCGCAGUAUUUGUUGUAAAGAUUUGAUCAGUUCACUGAGAUGCGGAACUCCAUUGCAGAUUUUGUGUGCUUAAUAUAAAAUUUUACAAGAAGAGACGUUUUUAAAGGCUUUUUUUAAGCAGUGGGGCAUUAUAAAGAAGACGGCACUCUGAAUUAAACAAGAAUGAAGGAGGUUUGCAUGCACAGGAUGUCCCAUAAAAGGAGGAAAAUGUGACAAUGAUGAGUGCUUGCAACCCGAAGACUGACUUUGCGACAUGAAAGACGGCCUAACAGCGAGAGACAACAGUAGCCUACAGGAAGCCCUUAAAAGCAGCUGACCCCGACCAAAUUACAGUGGUUUUGAUCCUCUAACUAAACCAUCCCAGGGGGUCCCAGACAGUAUCUUGGAGAUAAGAGAGUGAAAUAGCCGCUGCAGCCAGGGGUUAAACCCCACUACUUCCUGAAUGGACAGGAAACAGGAAGUGUGAGUCAGCAUUCCUAAAAUGCCGCACAGCAAGGACUCCCUCACACGCCAAACUGGUGAAAGACUAUUUUUUUCAUAUUUUUCACCUUAACAACCCCAGUAUUGGUAUUUGUUGAGAGACACUCUGAGGGAAGUGUUUUAUUCAGU